AUGUCGUCAUCCGCACACUCAUCCAGCACAACGCAACGCCUCCUGCGCGAGCUGAAAGACUACACCAAGUCACCCAACGAAGCCCUCCUGCACCUCGGCCCCGUCGACGAGGAGGACCUGCUCCACUGGGAGGCUGUGCUAAAAGGCGUGGCCGGGACACCGUAUGAGGGCGGCCUCUGGCAUCUCCGCAUUGCAAUCCCAUCGAACUACCCGCUCGCGCCGCCAACCAUCCGCUUCGCGACGCGCAUCUCCCACCCGAACAUCUCCUUCACGACGGGCGAGAUCUGUCUCACGCUCUUGACCACCGAGCACUGGAGUCCCGUGUACACGCUCUCGACGACGCUGACGGCUAUCCACCAGCUGCUGACGGAUCCGCAACCGGACUCGCCGCUCAAUGUGGAUGUUGCGGCGCUGCUAAGGGACGGGGAUCUAGCUGGGUGGGAGAGCGUGGUGAGGUAUUGGACUGGGGAGGAGAGGUGGCAGGGUGCUGCUGGCACCGGUCGGUGA